CUGAACACCAGCCGAAAGCCUGGUCCCCCGGCAGCGCGGUCACCGGCCGGCUGCAGUAUCGUGGCGGCGCCUCCGGGUGCCGCUGUUGGCCGACGCGGAGCGGCGCUGGAGCCGCAGCCGCAGCCGGAGCCGGCGCAGCGUCAGGAGGGAGGAGCGCGGCGAGCGCUGGCGAGAAUGGCGGUCGGUGAGAGGCAGCGGGAGAGUGGGAGCCGGCGGCGAGCAGGCGGGCGAGUGCUGGUGCUGCUGCUGGGCGCUUUGCUGCUGGGCUUGUGCUGCCGGGCGGCGGCGGCGGCGGCGUCGGAGCGGAUCCGCUACGCCAUCCCCGAGGAGCUGGGCAGAGGGUCGCUGGUGGGGCCGCUGGCGCGGGACCUGGGGCUGAGCCCGGCGGAGCUGCCGGCGCGCAAGCUGCGUCUCAGCGCGGAGAAGCAAUACUUCGGCGUGAGCGGGGAGAGCGGGAACCUGUACGUGAGCGAGAGGCUGGACCGGGAGGAGAUGUGCGGCGAGUCGGCGUCCUGCUCCGUCAGCUUCGAGGCGCUGGUGCAGAACCCGCUCAACGUUUUCCACGUCGAGGUGGCCAUCCAGGACAUCAACGACAACGCGCCGACCUUCAGCAAGGCUGCUCUCGACCUCGAGAUCGCAGAGUUGACGCUCCCUGGUGCUCGUUUUCCGCUGGAGAUGGCCCGAGACGCGGACGUGGGCAGCAACUCUCUGCUGACGUACCAGCUCACUGGCAACCCGGCCUUCACUCUGGACGUCAAGGAGAGCCCGGAUGGAAGCAAGUGGCCGGAAUUAGUGCUGGAGAGAAAGCUGGACCGGGAGAAGCAGAGCUCCUUUGAGCUGGUGCUGACGGCGGUGGAUGGCGGGGAUCCCGUGAGGUCGGGGACUGUCCAGAUUCGCGUCAACGUGACGGACGCCAACGACAACGCGCCCGUGUUCGGCAAAAGCCUCUACGAGGCCCAAGUGCGUGAGAACGUGCCGGCGGGGUCGCUGGUGCUGCAGGUGCGAGCCACGGAUGCGGACGCGGGCUCCAACGGGCGGGUCUCGUACUCCUUCGGCAACGUCCCGGACGACGUCCGCGCCUUGUUCAGUGUCGAGAGCGAGAGCGGCGAGGUGAGGACAGUGGGGCCUCUGGAUUUCGAGGAAAAGAGUAGAUACAGCUUCGGGCUGGAGGCGAGGGACGGCGGCGGACUCACGGCUCACUGCAAGGUGCAGAUCGACAUCAUCGACGAGAACGACAACGCGCCCGAGAUCACGGUGUUGUCGGUGUCGAGCCCGGUGCCCGAGGACGCCCCCGCCGGCACCGUGGUGGCCCUGCUGAACGUGAACGAUCCGGACUCCGGGGAGAACGGUCAGGUGUGGUGCGAGCUGUCGGGCGAGGCGCCGCUGUCGAUCGUGGCGUCGUCGGGCGGCUCGUACAAGGUGGUGACGGCGAGCGCGCUGGACCGUGAGCAGGCGUCCGAGCACCGCGUGACGGUGGUGGCCAGGGACCGGGGCAGCCCGCCGCUGUGGAGCCGCGCGUCGCUGGUGCUGGAGGUGUCGGACGUGAACGACAACGCGCCGGUGUUCGAGGAGGCGGCCUACAGCGCGUACGUGGCGGAGAACAACGCGGCGGGCGCGUCGGUGGUGCGCGUGCAGGCGCGGGACGCGGACGCGGGCGCCAACGGCCGCGUGAGCUACUGGCUGGCGGGCGGCAGCGCGGGCGCGGCGGCGUACGUGUCGGUGGAGGCGCGGAGCGGCGCGGUGUACGCGCAGCGCUCCUUCGACUACGAGCAGUGCCGCGAGUUCUCGGUGGCGGUGCGGGCGCAGGACGGCGGGGCGCCGGCGCGGAGCUCCACGGCCACGGUGCGCGUCUUCGUGCUGGACCGCAACGACAACGCGCCGCGCGUGCUCUGGCCGGCGCCGGGAGACGCGGCGGCGUCGGGGGCGUCGGGGGCGUCGGGGCCGUUCGAGGUGGUGCCGCGCUCUGCCGAGGCCGGGUACCUGGUGGCCAAGGUGGUGGCGGUGGACGCGGACGCGGGGCGCAACGCGUGGCUGUCGUACGAGCUGGUGCAGGCGUCGGAGGCGGCGCUGUUCCGCGUGGGGCUGCACAGCGGCGAGGUGCGGACGGCGCGGGCCGUGUCGGAGAGGGACGCGGCGAAGCAGCGGCUGGUGGCCGUGGUGAAGGACCACGGGCAGCCGGCGCUGUCGGCCACGGCCACGCUGCACGUGGUGCUGGCCGAGAGCUUGCAGGAGGCGCUGCCGGAGCUGAGCGAGCGGGCGGCGGGCGCCGACUCGCCGGCCGAGCUGCAGUUCUACCUGGUGCUGGCGCUGGCGCUCCUCUCCGCCCUCUUCCUGCUCAGCGUGGCGCUGGCCGUGCUGGCGCGGCUGCGCCGGGCCGGGCCGCCCGCCGUCCUGCGCUGCCUGGGCGCGCAGCGCUUCUCCGUGGCCGGCGCCGCCUUCCCGGCCGACUUCUGCGAGGGCACCUUGCCCUACUCCUACAACCUGUGCGUGGCGCCGGGACGCGCCCUCGCCCAGCCCGCUUGGCCCUCGCCGCCGCCUCUGCCCGUCGUGCCCGCGGAGGAUCUGCUGGGCGCGGAGCCCUGCGGGAAGCCGAGCCCGAGCAUCAGCGCCGGCGCGGGAGAGCCGCCCGCCGACCCCGACGCCCCGCAGGUCUGUAAGCCCGCGCGCUCUCCCUCUUUUCCCUGAGCUGUGCUCAACC